CCUUCCCUCAGAGAUUCAGCCUGUAAUUCAUGUCCCUGAUGUCCUCAACAUGUUCUCUAUUGUUUGCAAUAGAUGAAUAAUUAGAGCCAGUGGCAUCAGAUGGAAUGCAGCUUGACUCCAGCCUCACUGCAGCCCAGGCAGAGCUGAGCUGACACUGCUGAUGGCAUCAGAAGCAGAUGCUCUGAAGUAUUAGUGUCUGUUUUGUGACAUUAACUUUGCUUAGUGGAUUCCAUGGAGGCAGCAUAGUUCUUGUUAGAAAGGAGCAAUGUUCCCCAGCAACAUAAGACCUGAAGGAGACAAAUGCCUAAUGGCCUGAAUGAAGAAAAAAAUGCCUGUUAUUCUGAAAGAGCAGGUCCUGAAGAUAGAUAUGCAAAACCAGCAGCUAAAGGAAGCCUCACAGGCGCCCCAGAAACAAACUUGCCCCAUAAAUCACAUCCGCUGAAGGUGCUGGAGGACACUUAGUAUACUUGGUGUGUACUGAGCUAUAUGCCCCCCAAUCCAGUCCUGGAUUGAGCUGUGGAAAUACAGGACCCUGGCCUUGGAGCGUAGGAACUACAUUACCCAGAAGGCCCGGCGUGGAAUGACAAUGGGCUGAGCCAAUGGAGGCUCAGGAAAGGCGUUUCCGCUUGGCCACUUCUGUGGGGCGGGACGGGUAGGCCUCCUGGCGGGGUUUUGUCUUCUCUCAGUUUUAUUCUCAGGCGGUCAGGGGCUCCUGGUCGCAGAGUCCCGUGGAGAAGGCUGGAGAGUGGUGCUCCCCGCCUCACAGCCCAUGGUGGGAGCCUGCAGGGGUGCGCACAGCUCACCUGUGGGAUUGAAGCUCCCAGUCGCUCUCAGGGCCCGGCCAGGGACCGCCAUUCCCGCAGCGGCCUCUCUCCGGGGGCUCAGGCCCAGCUCUGCCCACAGAGUCCAAUGGCGGCGCCCGAGCUGAGUUGCAGGUCUGAGGUUGGCGUGACCUUUGAGGACAUUGCCCUGUACUUCUCCAGGGAGGAAUGGAGCCUCCUUGAUGAGGGUCAGAGACAGCUGUACCUGAAUGUGAUGCUGGAGAACUUUGAACUUCUAUCCUCCCUGGGUUGCUGCUGUGGAGCAGAGAAUGUGGAGGCACCAACUGAACAGAAUGUUUCUGUAACAUUGUCACAGACAAGGAAUCCCAAGUUAGCCUUGUCUUCCCAGAAGAGCCACAGUGAGAGUUGUAGACUAGUUUUGGGAAACAUUUUCAAAUUGACUGAGCUGCAGGGAACACAAUAUGGACAGACACUGUUGGGGAAUGGGGCAGGUGCAAAAAAGCUCUUUUUCAAAGAAUUUCACCAGCAGCAUGUGAGAAAGAAGACUUUGAUUAGAGAUGUGGACAGGACCUCACUUACAAAUGGCUGCAAUUUGGACGUGUCCCAGAAUCAUUUUACCUGGGGGAAACUUGGGCAGGGCAUUCUUACUGGGUCAGGGCAUGUCCACCAAGAGACUACUCAGACCAGGGAAAGGCCAAAUGAUAUUUUGAAGUGUGGGGUGACAUUUCAAAGGAAAAAAGAUUAUUACAUCAGAAAAGAAUGCGAAGAAGACAUUGGCUGCAAUGACACGUUUAUUCAAGACAAGGGUGUCCAUGCUGGAAGUGGGUGUUUUGUUAGCUGUGAGUAUGGAAAAUAUUUUACUAAGUGUUCUAGCUUUCAUUAUCAGAGACUUCAUACAGGAGAAAGGUCUUAUGAGUGCAGUAAAUGUGGGAAAUCUUUUAAUAGUAGCAAUCAACUUCAUUAUCAUCAGACAGUUCACACUGGAGAAAAGCCUUAUAAAUGCACUGAAUGUGGAAAAUCUUUUACCACUAGCAGUAACCUUCGUUGUCAUCAGAGGGUUCACAAUGGUGAAAAGCCUUAUCAGUGCAGUGCGUGUGGGAAAGCUUUUACCACAAUGCAAAGCCUUUGUCAUCACCAGAGACUUCACACUGGAGAAAGGCCUUAUGAGUGCAGUGAAUGUGGAAAAUCUUUUACCAUUGGCAGUAACCUUCAUUGUCAUCAGAGAGUUCACACAGGAGAAAAGCCUUAUAAAUGCAGUGAAUGUGGGAAAGCUUUUACGAGGAUGCAAAACCUUUGUCGUCACCAGAGACUUCACACUGGAGAAAGGCCUUAUGAGUGCAGUGAGUGCGGGAAAUCUUUUACCACUAGCACUGCCUUUUGUUGUCAUCAGAGAAUUCAUACUGGAGAAAGCCGUUAUCAGUGCAGUGAAUGUGGGAAAUCUUUUACCACUAGCAGUAACCUUCGUUGUCAUCAGAGAGUUCACACUGGAGAAAAGCCUUAUAAAUGCAGUGAAUGUGGGAAAGCUUUUACCAAUAGCACUGAUUUUUGUCGUCAUCAGAGAUUUCAUACUGGAGAAAGACCUUAUCAAUGCAAUGAAUGUGGGAAAUCUUUUACUGAUAACAGCAACCUUCAUUGUCAUCAGAGGGUUCACACUGGAGAAAAGCCUUAUAAAUGCAGUGAAUGUGAGAAAGCUUUUACUAGUAGCACUAAACUUUGUCGUCAUCAGAGAGUACACACUGGAGAAAGGCCUUAUCAUUGCAGUGAAUGUGGGAAAUCUUUUAUCACAAGCACUGACCUUCGUUGUCAUCAGAGAGUUCACACUGGGGAAAGGCCUUAUCAGUGCAGUGAAUGUGGGAAAUCUUUUACCAGUAGCAGUACACUCCGUAAUCAUCAACGUUCUCACACUGGAGAAAGGCCUUAUCAUUGUAGGGAAUGUGGGAAAUCUUUUAUCACUAGCACUCAACUUCGUUGUCAUCAGAGAGUUCACUCUGGAGAAAGGUCUUCUCAGUGUAGUGAAUGUGGGAAAUCUUUUAUUACUAGCACUCACCCUAAUUGUAAUCAGAGAAUUCACACUGGAGAAAGGCCUUAUAAAUGCAGUGAAUGUGGGAAGUCUUUCACCAGGUCAGAUAGUCUUCAUGAUCAUCAGAGAGUUCAUUCUGGAGAAAGGCCUUAUGAAUGCAGUGAAUGUAGUAAAUCUUUUACACGUAGAAAUGGCCUCCGUGAACAUCAGAGAGUUCACACUGGAGAAAAGCCUUAUAAAUGCAGGGAAUGUGGUAAAUCUUUUUCCAGUAGGGGCGGCCUCCAUAAUCAUCAGAAAGUUCACUCUGGAUAAAGGCCUUAUGUGUGCAAUUAAUGUGAGGGAUCUUUCAGCCAAUCUUCUAUCUUUGCUUUGCGCAUAUGAAUUCAUAUGAAAAAUUUCUUAUGUGUGUAGAAAAUGUAGUUUUUUUGUUAGGUCUUAACAAUAUGGCAAACUUUGUGAAAUCUCAUUAAUCUGAAUUGAAUCACAUACAUUUAAACACAAACAUUAUUGAAAGUUCCCUUAAGUGUUACUGUUUUUUUUUUGUGUGUGUGUGUUUAUUAUUCUGGAAGUGUAUGUAUCUAUUUUGCACUUUCUUUUUUAAAAUAUUUUUAUUGAUUUCAGUGAGGAACGGAGAGGCUAAGAUAGAAACAUCAAUGAUGAGAGGGAAUCAUUGAAUGGCUGCCUCUUAAACUUACCCUACAUCAAGGGUGGGCAACCUUUUUGUGAGUGCGUGCCAAAACCAGCAAAAUCUCUGACUCAAAAUUCUUCUGCGUGCCAACCCUAAUUUUUUGAGAACAUGUUACACCUACUUGAUAUCUCUUAAGGUGUACAUAUGUGAGGAACCUUGAAGAAAUAAUAAAAUUCAUUCGAGCGACAAAAACACAGUAUAUGAUGAUGAAAUAAAAAAGUCGAUAUUAAGCAAAAAAUCGUAAAUGGAAGAUUAUAAGAGAGGGUUUCGCGUGCCAGCAAAAGUUACUGGCGUGCCAUGUUUGGCAUGCGUGCCAGGGGUUGUCCACCCCUGCCCUACAUGGUAUCAUGCCCACAAUCUGGGCAUUUGCCCUUGAUUGUAAUUGAACCCUGGACCCUUCCCUCUCACCUGACCCCAUCAGAGAUGUCUGCCUGUUCUCUAUGGGUCUGUUUCUAUAGUGUGUUCUUUCUCUUAGCAUAAUGUUCAGAUGCAGUUAUUUGUGAUGAUACCUUAAGGCAGUAGUUCUCAACCUUCUGGCCUUUAAAACAGUUCCUCAUGUUGUGACCCCCAACCAUGAAAUUAUUUUCGUUGCUCCUUCAUAACUGUAAUGUUGCUACUGUUAUGAAUCAUAAUGUAAAUAUCUGAUAUGCAGGAUGGUCUUAGCUGACCCCUGUGAAAGGGUCGUUCAAACUCCAAAGGGGUCGCGACCCACAGGUUGAGAACCGCUGCCUUAAGGAGACUCAGUCCAGACUCCAGUUGUGACUUUUGUGACCCAGCCAGUAUUCCUGUUGGUUUGGGUGAAAAUUCUUUAUUGUUAUAUUUUCUGUUACUGGGCGAGACUCUCGCCCAGAGGGAAUAAGAAGGUGGAUUGAAUAUAGAUUUACCAAACCUAUUUUUCCAAUAGAGUUGAACAUACACUUUUUUUUAAAAUCUGGAACCAUUUUUAAAAGCUAUGAUAAGUAAAGUACAUGUGUUUAGUAUAGC